CCGGGCGCCCCAAAUAUUCCACUCCGGUACGACAAAAUAUGACCAACUGCACUAUCUCCGACCCGCAAGUCAUUGCCUUCGAUGUAUUGGCAACAUCUCCCAGCGGACGAAUAUCAGGAUGGGUCAGCCAACCGAGUUAUCGAGGGACCUGGGACAUUAUGUGGACAUCCCUCGUCACAAUCUUCAUCUGCACCUAUACGUUGCUCUGCCUCAACGUCCCCGCUCCAAGGGACACUCGCUUCGUCAUGUUCCGUCGCAGGAUAAUGUGGAUGUUUCUCGCUAUACUCGGUCCUGAAGUUGUCCUCACUUACGCUGCUGGCCAGUGGAGCAGAGCACGACAUUCGGUGGACGCUUUCCAUGCUUCGGGCUUCACCCAAUGGACCAUGCGUCAAGCCUUCUUCACAGACAUGGGCGGCUUCGUCUUGCAUGCACAUGGGAGCGCCCCGUUUCCGUUGAACGCGAAACAACUGCACUGGCUGGUUGUCAACGAACAUGUGCCGUACCCCGAGGUCCAGGUCCGACAAGAAGAAAUUUGGGACAAGUCGAAGCAGGACAGGCUUGCCAGGGUCAUUGCUCUAUGUCAGAUGGCAUAUUCCAUCUUGCAAUGCGUUGGACGCGCGGCUCAGGGACUCGCUAUCACAACCCUGGAGCUCAACACCCUUGGGAUCGUCGUUUGUUCGCUGUUCACGGCCUUCGCGUGGCUACAUAAGCCGGCCGAUAUCCACACACCAUUCCGAAUCACCACCUCUGCUACUAUAGACGAAAUUACCGGCGGGAGGGUGUGGAAAGUUACCCCUUUGGACUUCGUUGACGAGAAUGGGCCAGGUUGGGCGAUGAAUGUGCAGUCGUUUGCGAAAAUGCCCACCAUUCCACCAGAGCGACCCAUCCAGCGUAUCCCCAACGACAGGUUCCCCAUGACCCCAUACAGCGUCCAGGAGUACUGCCUCUGCUUUGCGACACUCGUCUUUGGAGGCAUUCAUGUCGCCGGUUGGAAUUUCUCCUUCCCAAGCGAAACCGAGAAGCUGCUGUGGCGGGGAGCAAGCCUGCUACUAUUCGGCGUCACGGCGGCGUUCUGGCUUCUGGAGACUAUGGCGUCAUGGAAGCGCCUGGGACGGUGGACGUGGCUCUACCUGCGGGUGACCAAUCCCAGAGCCCUACCGGAGUUCGAGAAGGCGAGGGAAGAGAGGCUGAGCCGGUUGGAGGAUGCUGAACCCACGACUCUGCCACUUCCCUGGGAGUUCUGGACUAUCAUGCCGGUGGCCGCUUUGUAUGGUGUGUCAAGACUUUAUCUUGUCACUGAGGCCUUUUUGGAGCUUCGAGAUAUUGAUGGGACAGUGUUUGUUAAUGUUGACUGGUCGGCAUAUUUUCCCCACGUUUGACUGGCUGGCUGGGUGGCGAGCUGUCAAUAUGAGGUAGCCAAACAGAUGUUUAUUAGUGCCUUGAAGUCUUCGCUGUAGCUACUGAUAGGAUCCUUGGACUUGUCGGC